AUGAUCAACGCAGUGCUAGUCUUCAACAACAAUGGCCAGCCGCGCCUCACCAAGUUCUACACUCAACUCGACACAUCAGUGCAACAACGCCUGCUCUCCGAAAUCUUCACCCUAGUCGCCGCCCGUCCACCCAGCAGCUGCAACUUUCUCCCCCUCCCACCCCUUCUCGCACCAGCUAGCAGCAGUAGCACGCCGUCUUCGCAAGAGUCCAACGAUGCGCCAUCGUUAGUCACAUACCGACACUACGCAACACUCUACUUCAUCGUCAUAUCCACCUCCACCGAGUCACCGCUUGCAUUACUAGAUUUGAUACAAGUCUACGUCGAGGCUUUGGAUAGGUUGUUUGAGAAUGUCUGUGAGCUGGAUUUGAUCUUCAACUUUGAGACGUUGCAUGCGGUGUUGGCGGAGAUGAUUGUGGGUGGGGUUGUGGUGGAGACGGGGUUGGAUAAAGUGGUUGAGGGUGUUCGGUCGCAGGGGAGAGUGGCGAAGAGGCCGGUGAAUGAGAGUAGAGGGGGUUUGUCGCAAGGUAUUUGGGCUGGACGGUGA